GAUAGCUCUGUCACUGCUGCGGUCUCUGCUGCUUCUGCCAGGCUGGCUCAGAAGAUGACUGUGGGGAAGUCUGCGGGAGGCGCUGGCAGCGGGGAGUGGAGCAGUCAGAUAUUUCCCCUAAGGUCCUCCUCAGACACAGAGGCAGAAGAGGAGCUGUCUCGGGAUGGGCUGGUUCUGCCCAGAGCUGGCAAACUUGAUGAGUUCCUCAGCCCAGAGGAGGAGACAUAUUCUACUUCUGACUCAACUGGGAGCUUUUACAGGACACCACAGGUACUAAAGCAGAAAGGGAGACAGUGUCUCUUGGAGUCAUUCUUUCAGUCUGACUCAGACAGCAAUGAGAAUCACUCUGAAGAUGACAAGGACCUAGAGUGUUUCUUCCAAGACAAGUGCAGGAGGAAGCCACAGGUUCCGUGUCCUCAGUCUCUGAGGUGUGGCUCCACAAGGCGCUGCAGCUCCCUGAGCAGCCUUCCCUCCGAUAUUCCCAGGGCUCAUAUCCAGCCACCCUCAGGCUCUGAGCCUCCCUCUCAGCACAGAAGUGUCAACUCCUGGGCAUCAUCCAUUACUGUUCCUCAGCCAUUCCAGAUGACACUACGUGAGGCCCGGAAGAAGGCCCAGUGGCUGGCCUCACCUGCCUCCUUUGAGCAUGAGAGGCAACAGGCCCAGAGACAGGGUCAGGAGGAGGCCGAGUGCCAUCGGCAGUUCCGGGCACAACCUGUGCCUGCACACGUCUACCUGCCCCUAUAUCAGGAGAUCAUGGAACGCAGUGAGUCGCGAAGGCGGGUAGGAAUCCAGAAGAGGAAGGAACUGCUCCUCUCCUCCUUAAAGCCCUUCAGCUUCCUAGAGAAGGAGAACCAGCGAAAGGAAUCUGCUCAACAGAGAGACCUGGCUACCACAGUUAAGGCCAAAGCCCCUAAACAGAAGGCCACCAGAAGGAUCCCCAAGUCCAUUCUGGAGCCAGCUCUUGGGGACAAACUUCAGGAAGCUGAGCUCUUCAGGAAAAUUCGCAUUCAGAUGAGGGCCCUGGACAUGCUCCAGAUGGCCUCCUCCCCUCUUGCUUCCUCUAGAAACCAGGCUGACCAAGAGUCCCGCACAGCCACCCAAACCCAGAAGGAAAAGCUUGGGUUUCUGCACACUGACUUUGAAUUCCAGCCUCGGGUGAACCCUGUGGUCCCCAACUAUGAGGACCUUUACAAGGCCUUCCAGAGAAGAGCUGCCAAAAGAAGGGAAACCAGAGAGGUGACUCGCAACAAGCCCUUCUUGUUGAGGACUACCAAUCUGCGUCACACUCAGCGGCCCUGUGAUGCCUCCUCCGCUGGAGGGAGGAGGGAUUCCCCACAGCCACCAACUACACCCCUGCCAAGGAGUCGUUCUCUGAGUGGCCUUGCUUCCCUCUCUUCUAACACCCUCCCUGUGCACAUCACAGAUGCCACCAGGAAGAGGGAAUCUGCAGUCAGAAAUUCACUGGAAAAAAAGGAAAAAGCAGAUGAGAGUAUUCAGUGGUUGGAGAUGCACAAAAAGAAAUGUCAAGCAAUGUCUAAAUCUGUGACCUUACGUGCAAAAGCCAUGGAUCCCCAUAAAAGUCUGGAGGAGGUGUUCAAAGCAAAGCUGAAAGAGAACAGGAACAAUGACCAUAAAAGAGCAAAAGAGUAUAAGAAAGAAUUGGAGGAAAUGAAGAAGAGAAUACAAACAAGGCCCUAUCUCUUCGAACAAGUUACCAAGGACUUUGCCAGGAAAGAAGCAGAAAAACGGUACCUGGACACCCUAAAGCAGGCUGGGCUGGAGGAAGACUUUGUGAGGAACAAGGGUCAAGAUAUCCCAGCUGUACAAGGGAAGGAAGGAACCAAAGUCAGGAAUUCUCCCAGCAUCCAUGAAACUACAAAACUCAGCAUUAGGGAUCCACAGCAGGAUUUAGAAGACUCUCUAGAACAGCCUACCAGCCCCAAGAAAGUACUGGAGGACCUGCCUUAUGAAUCACUGGACAAUCUCAAGUCACUUGGUUAAUCAGUACACUUAAAAUCACUGCUUCUGAACAACAUUCAGCAGGUGACAGGUCUGAGUCAAAGCAGCCAAAACUUGGGUUUUGAGGCAUGGCAACUGUCAGAGAACGGGGGAAAGAGUUGCAGAUAACAGGGAAAUCAAAGUGGGAAAGCACAAGCGAAGGGAUCAUUGUCCAGAGUUAAGGUUUCUUGCAUUGUGCCUCAAAGCCCAGACGCCUAUGGGGCUAGGCAACUUAAGUCAGCCAGUAGAUGUAGUAUAUAUAGUAGGAGAUAGCAGAGGUCCUCAAACUUUUUCUUUUUUGAGACAGAGCCUCAAUCUGUCACCCUGGGUAGAGUGCAGUGGCAUCACAGCUCACAGCAACCUCCAACUCCUGGGCUUAAUCGAGUCUCCUGCCUCCACCUCCCAAGUAGCUGGGACUACAGGCGCCUGCCACAACACCCGGCUAUUUUUUGGUUGCAGCCAUCAUUGUUGUUUGACAGGCCCGGGCUAGAUUCAAACCCGCCAGCUCAGGUGUACGUGGCUGGCGCCUUAGCCACUUGAGCCACAGGCGCAGAGCCAAGGUCCUCAAACUUUUUAAACAGGGAGCCAGUUCACUGUCCCUCAGAUCGUUGGAGGGCCGGACUAUAAACUAUGAACAAAUUCCUAUGCACACUGCACAUAUCUUAUUUUGAAGUAAAAAAACAAAACGGGAACAAAUACAAUCACAUCGCCUCAUGUGGCCCGUAGUUUGAGGACCCCUGUAGUAGAGACUGGACAGGAUAAACCCUACUGGACUUCAGACUCAGAAUUAACCAGAUCAAUACAUUUUCAUCAAGCCUGUCAAAUAUGCAUCAAAUAUGCAUGUUUGCAACUAACUGAAAAAUUAUUUAGAAAUUCUAUAUAGGCAAAAUAAAACACUUAACAGAUUUGCCCAAUGCAGGAUGAUAAAUUUACAACCUCUAGUAGAAGCAUUUCUUAUCCUUGGCACUAUUGGUCAUUUUUGGUCUUUUCUGGUGGUGACAGUAAUAAUUGAAUAACUACCACCUUACGUUUGCUAGCUAGAAAUGAAGACACUCAUGUCAUGUUUCCUAAGACUACAGUUUAGUUUUACCUG